AUGAGUUUCAAAGGGUUUACCAAAGCUGUUUCUAGGGCACCUCAGUCCUUCCGCCAAAAGUUUAAAAUGGGUGAGCAGACUGAGGAUCCUGUUUACGAAGAUGCAGAACGUCGUUUCCAAGAAUUGGAGCAAGAAACUAAAAAGUUAAGUGAGGAAUCGAAGAGGUACUCAACUGCGGUAAAUGGAAUGCUGACACACCAAAUCGGAUUUGCGAAAUCAAUGGAAGAGAUUUUCAAACCCAUUAGUGGUAAAAUGAGUGACCCUAACGCUACCAUACCGGAAGACAAUCCACAAGGUAUUGAAGCUAGUGAGCAAUAUAGGGCAAUUGUUGCGGAGUUACAGGAAACAUUGAAGCCGGAUUUGACUUUGGUGGAAGAAAAAAUUGUCUCGCCAUGCCAGGAAUUGUUGAAAAUUAUUACUUAUAUUCGUAAAAUGGCAACCAAGAGAAAUCACAAAAAGCUAGAUCUAGACAGACACUUGAACACUUACAAUAAGCAUGAAAAGAAGAAAGAGCCAACUCCUAAAGAUGAAGAAAAACUGUAUAAAGCACAAGCCCAAGUGGAAGUUGCUCAACAAGAAUAUGAUUACUAUAACGACUUGCUGAAGACUCAAUUGCCAAUAUUGUUUAGUUUAGAAGCAGAAUUUGUGAAACCAUUAUUCGUUUCUUUUUACUUCAUGCAAUUGAACAUUUUUUACACUUUGUACAACAAACUUCAAGACAUGAAAAUUCCAUAUUUUGACCUAAACAGUGACAUUGUGGAAUCGUAUAUGGCCAAGAAAGGUAACGUGGAAGAACAAACUGAUGCCUUGACUAUUACCCAUUUCAAAGUAGGUUACUCUAAGGCGAAACUAGAGAUGACCAAGAGGAAAUACGGUGCAGGAACCGCUGAAGGCUCACCAGUAAGUGGUGCGUCAAGCGGAGUCGGAUAUGCUGCUGGGUAUGGUGCAGCAAGUGCAGCUUCUCCAACAUCCACAGGAUACGGAUAUGGUGCCGCAACGCCGGGCUAUGCGGCUCAACCGGCCGCACAGUAUGGUGCUGAUGCUGGUGCUGGUGCUGGUACUGUCCCAGGUACCUACCCUCAAUAUGGUGCUGUACAAUCUCCACCACUCACCGGAUUGGGAUUCCAACAAUCACAACAGCAGCAACAAGGCCCACCGCCCGCCUAUUCUAAUCCUUUAACAUCACCUGUUGCCGGUGUCCCAGCUGCCACUACCGCUGCGACUGCAGCUCCUGGCGUUGAAACCGUUACCGCAUUAUAUGACUAUCAAGCUCAAGCUGCUGGUGACUUGUCUUUCCCUGCUGGCGCAGUUAUAGAAAUUGUCCAGCGUACUCCAGACGUGAACGAAUGGUGGACAGGAAGAUACAAUGGCCAGCAAGGUGUGUUUCCCGGGAACUACGUGCAACUCAAUAAGAACUAG